AGCAACAGCCGACGCGCCCAUCGCACUUGAUGGAUCCGGAGCUCCCUGCCAAUUCGCCGGCAAUGCCGAGCAGCGACGGCGGGCCAUCGCCGCCGCGUCGCCUGGUCUUCGCCUUCUACCUCACCGGCCACGGUUUCGGCCACGCCACCCGCGCCAUCGAGGUGGUGCGGCACUUGAUCGCGGCGGGGCACGAGGUGCACGUGUCGACGGCGGUGCCGGAGUUCGUCUUCACCGCCGAGCUGCGCUCGCCCCUCGUCCACGUCCGCAAGGUCCUCCUCGACUGCGGCGCCGUACAGUCCGACCCGCUCACCGUCGACCCCCUCGCCUCCCUCGAGAAGUACCAUCAGACGGCGGUGGUGCCCCGGGAGUCGAUCCUGAAGACGGAGGCGGAGUGGCUCGGCGCCGUCAAGGCAGACCUAGUGGUCUCGGAUGUUGUUCCUGUGGUGUGCAGGGCGGCUGCAGAUGCGGGUAUCCGCUCGGUGUGCAUUGGGAAUUUUAGUUGGGACUACAUAUAUGCGGAAUACAUUGUGGCGGCCGGGUAUCAUCACCGAUCUAUUGUUUGGCAGAUAGCGGAGGAUUAUUCUCAUUGUGAGAUCUUACUUCGCCUACCUGGAUACUGCCCUAUGCCAGCUUUUCGUGAUGUCACUGACGUGCCUCUUGUCGUAAGAGGUUUGCGCAAAUCUAGAUCUGAGGUGAGGAAGGACCUCGGGAUUGCGGAGAAUGCUAAGGUUGUCAUUUUCAAUUUUGGUGGACAGCCAGCAGGAUGGAAACUGAAGCAAGAAUGGCUGCCUGAUGGUUGGAUCUGUUUGGUAUGUGGCGCAUCUGAUUCUCAAGAGCUUCCCCCAAACUUCAUUAAGCUUGCGAAAGAUACUUACACACCAGAUGUUAUGGCUGCAUCUGACUGCAUGCUUGGAAAAGUCGGAUAUGGAACUGCAAGUGAGGCUUUGGCCUACAAACUGCCAUUUGUGUUUGUCCGCAGAGAUUAUUUUAACGAAGAGCCAUUUUUGCGGAAUUUGCUUGAGCAUUACCACAACAGUAUUGAGAUGAUUAGAAGGGAUUUUCUUUCUGGGCACUGGAAACCUUAUCUGUUACGCGCUCUAACACUUCAACCAUGCUAUGAUGGCCCAAUAAAUGGUGGUCAGGUGGCUGCUCGGACCCUUCAGGAUAUUGCUGUUGGAAAGAAGUGUGUUUCUGACAAAUUUAAUGGGGCAAGACGAUUGCAAGAUGCAAUAGUCUUAGGGUAUCAACUACAAAGGACUCCUGGGAAAGAUGUAGAAAUUCCUGACUGGUAUUCUCUUUCUGGCGCAGAAAUUGGGGCUCAUCCAAUUUUAGAAAAUAUUGAAAAAGAAGGAAGCGCAGAAUCAUGCUGUGAAGACUUUGAGAUACUUCAUGGCGACCUGCAAGGCUUAACAGAUACCAUGAAAUUUUUGAAGAGCUUAUCUGGACUUGCUGGAAGUGAGUUCAAGAAUUCUGAGGUGCAAUCCCGAGAGAGAACUGCUGCAUCUGUGCUCUUUGACUGGGAGAGGGAGAUAUAUGUAGCAAGGGCACCUGGACGGUUAGAUGUCAUGGGUGGCAUUGCCGACUAUUCAGGAAGUCUUGUUUUGCAGUUGCCUCUUCGGGAAGCCUGUCAUGUUGCUAUCCAGAGAAAUCAUCCCAGCGAGCAGAAGCUGUGGAAGCAUGCACAAGCAAGACAGCUUGAGAAGGAAGGGGUGGUACCUGUGGUACAAAUUGUUUCAUUUGGUUCUGAUUUGAGUAACCGUGCACCAACUUUUGAUAUGGACCUGUCAGAUUUUAUGGAUGGUGACAAACCAAUAUCCUAUGAAAAAGCCAGAAGGUUUUUCUGCCAGGACCCAUCACAAAAAUGGGCUGCUUAUGUCGCCGGAACAAUUUUAAUCUUGAUGACUGAGCUAGGUGUGCAGUUCGCUGAUAGCAUGAGCAUUCUGGUUUCUUCUGCUGUGCCAGAAGGCAAAGGUGUUUCUUCUUCUGCAUCAGUUGAGGUUGCCACGAUGUCUGCUAUUGCAGCUGCCUAUGGUUUAAACAUUACUCCAAGGGAUCUUGCUUUGCUUUGUCAAAAGGUUGAAAAUCAUGUUGUUGGAGCUCCAUGCGGGGUCAUGGACCAAAUGACAUCCGCUUGUGGAGAAGCUAACAAACUCCUUGCAAUGGUUUGCCAGCCUGCAGAAGUGAAGGAAUUGGUUACAAUUCCUAAUCAUAUGCGAUUCUGGGGUCUAGACUCUGGAAUACGGCAUAGUGUUGGUGGGGGAGAUUAUGGAUCUGUAAGGAUAGGCACUUAUAUGGGACGAAAGAUGAUCAAGUGUGCAGCAUCCGACAUAGUAUCGGUAUCCUCAACUUCAGAUGCCUCUGCUCGGUCCGAUGAUUCUAAAGAAAAUGGCAGGGAUGUACCGAGUUCUGAAGCUUCCAUGGAGUAUUUGUGCAACCUACCACCUCACAGAUAUGAAGCUGCUUAUUCAAAAGAUAUUCCGGAGAUCAUUACUGGAGAUGCAUUUUUAGUGAAAUAUGGAGACCACAAUGACACGGUAACAGUAAUUGAUCCAAAGAGGUCUUACAGCGUGAAGGCGCCUACUAGGCAUCCCAUAUAUGAAAACUUCCGAGUCGAGACCUUCAAAGCAUUAUUAACAGCAGCUAAUACAGAUGAGCAAUUGGCAGCCCUUGGAGAACUUAUGUACCAGUGCCACUACAGCUAUAAUGCAUGUGGUCUUGGUUCUGACGGCACAGAUAGGCUGGUCAAUCUAGUACAAGAAAUGCAGCAUAGAAAGACUCAAGAAGAUGGAAGUCCUAGUCUAUUCGGUGCAAAGAUUACGGGCGGAGGGUCUGGUGGUUCGGUCUGCGUUAUUGGGAAGAACUGCCUUGAAAGCGCCGAAGAGAUUGCCGAGAUUCAACAAAGGUACAAGGCAGCCACAGGAUACCAGCCAAUCCUUUUCGACGGGUCGUCUCCCGGUGCCGGCAAGUUUGGCCACCUGAAGAUCCGAUGGCGGCGGCCCUCGUCGCCAAUCGCAUAAUGAAGUGAUAUGCUUUGGUUUGUACCCAGGCAGAUCAGGUCUGUUGAAUAGAUUUGGAAACAAGGUAUCCGGCCUUACAUUUGUUAGGCGAUUGGAGCUACCGUGAACUCUUUCUAUGGCACAUUCAUUCCAGAUUUAACACUCAGAUGAACUCUUUCUAUGGCACAUUCGUCCCAGAUACCCAUUCACGGUUAUUCAAUCACCACUACUAAUACCACUCUCAGAGUGCAGCGAUAUUGGCAAUAAUAAGCUCUUUCUGGAGCAUGGUCCUUUUUCGCACAA